AUGUCCACUCCCGAAGCAGCAGCAGCAGCAGCGGCACGAUGUGCACCCAUUCCCAAAGAAGUCCCCGUCAUGAAAGACCUGACAACGGACAACAUCACAGAAAACGUCGUGACGCUGAACAAUCUCUGUUCAGACCCACGCACGCGCUUCAUCUUCGAACGACUCGUCCACCACCUCCACGAUUUCGCGCGCGAAACCCAACUCACCACGGACGAAUGGAUGACAGGAAUUAAUUUCCUGACCAAAGUCGGGCAAAUCAGCAAUGAUUUGCGCGCAGAAAUGAUUUUGCUCUCCGACACGCUGGGGCUCAGUUUACUCAUGGAUGCCAUCGAUCAUCCUCGCAUUGGAACUGCCACCGAAGGAACCGUUUUAGGACCCUUUCACACGGCAGAUGCACCCGUGACGGAAAACGGUUAUGUCCUCCACGACGACCCGGAUGCCGAGCGAUUAUUCGUCUUGUGUACCGUCAAAGACACUGCAGGGACGCCCAUCCCCAACGUACAAUGUGACGUGUGGGAAGGAGAUUCACACGGCUUCUACGACGUGCAAAACCCGCAACGACAACAUCCGGAUGGUCGCGCCGUGUUGCAUUCGGAUGCGAAUGGAGUGUUUUAUUUUACUGCUGUGGUUCCUGUGCCUUACCCGAUUCCUGAUGAUGGACCUGUGGGAGGCAUGUUGAAGUUGUUGAAUCGCCAUCCGAAUCGUCCGGGACAUGUGCAUUUUAUGCUCGAGGGGAAGGGAUUUGAUAAGUUGGUGACGGCGUUGUAUCCUCGUGGGGAUCCGUAUGAGACUUCGGACCCGGUGUUUGGGGUCAAGGACAGUCUGAUUGUGGAUUUGGGAACGGUGGAUGAGGUGGUGGCGGAGAAGUAUGGUGUGAAGAAGGGGAUGAAGUUGUUGACUUAUGAUUUUGUGUUGGCGACGAAUGAACAGGCUGCCGAGUUGAGGAGGGAGAAGAGGGCGGAGGCGGCGAAGAAGUUGAAUUUGGAUCUGUCGCGUCUGGCAUUGGAUUAAUG